CCUUCAGCGCGGACGGAAGAUGGCGUCUGCUACUCGUUUCAUCCAGCGGCUGCGGAACUGGGCAUCCGGGCAAGACCUGCAGGCGAAGCUGCAGCUGCGCUACCGGGAGAUCUCCAAGCGUACUCAGCCUCCUCCCAGGCUCCCCGUGGGCCCCAACCACAAGCUCUCCAACAACUACUACUGCACUCGAGACGGCCGCCGGCAGUCUGUGCCCCCUUCCGUCAUCAUGUCGUCACAGAAGGUGCUGGGGUCAGGCACGCCAGCAGAGAGCUCAGCCAUCGUGGCCUCUGAGAAGAAGGCAGUCACGCCAGCUCCUCCCAUGAAGAAGUGGGAGCUGUCCAAGGACCAGCCCUACCUGUGACACUGUGCCCUAGGGCCACCUGUCUGCUUUUCCUCCUCGGAUUGGGUCCAGGGAGAAUAUGACUUAAUUUAUUACAAAUACAUUGAACUCCAGGAUCAUUUCUGUGUCUACUUU